GCGUGUUUGUUUGUCAAUAUCUUGUAAAAAGCACUAUCAUAAAAAAAGCUUUUGUUUAUAAAUAAUCUUGUGUACGUAAUAUGUAAAGACUUAAGUGAUGGAUCAACCUCUGUCGUUAAAGUUAGCGUCAUUAUGCCUAAUUUCCCAACACAAACUCCAAUGUAUUUUAUCGGCUUGCGGCACUAAAUUAGAUUUGAUUAUUGACCCUCUUCUUAUUAAACCUUUGGAAAGAAUAUGUGGAGUGAGUUGGUUAAGGCAGCAUGGUGUUGAUAAAAUUUACAAGAUGGAACCGCAAUUGGGAAAUACUGCUAACACGAACCGCGCGUAUUUGAUACCGGCUUGUAUGCAAAAAUACAAAUGUGUUCUGGAUCAAAUAUCCUCGAUACUUAGUCAAAAUCCCUCACUAACUGAUGCCAAAUGUUUCAAUGUCAUCAUUGUGCCCAAAACAAUGUCUACUUAUGAUUCUAUACUUGAAAGUAAAGGCCUGUACGACAUUGUCAAAUUGCACUCAUUUUCUUGGGAGCUAUUUAGUUUAGAUGAACAAAUACUAAGUUUGGAAUUACCAUUUCUCUAUAGACAGAUGUUUGUUGAGCAAAAUCAGUCUUUAUUGAGUAGCAUUUCUAUGUGUUUGUGGAGUUUAUUCCAUGUUACAGGCCAGCCAAAAUGUAUAUUAUCACUUGGAAAAUUGUCAUCCAGUGUUCUCGAUAUAUUGGAGGUAUAUAAAGAAAGCUAUGAAAGAGAUUUUGUUAAUAUGGACAGUUCCCAAGAAAUAGGAGCAUUGAUUAUAAUGGACAGAGACCAAGAUUAUGCGUCUAGUUUACUAACUCCUGCUACUUAUAGUGGUUUAUUGAAUGAAAUCUUCAGUAUAAACUGUGGUCAUUUAGACCUGAACGUAAAAGAAACCAAAUUGAAAAAGGGCAAAAUGAAUACACAUAUAUCUAGUGAAGAUAAAUCAAAGAACACAGUGAUGACAUUAGACAGUUCGAUAGACAACUUGUAUGGAGAAAUUAAACAUAGACAUUUCUCAGAAGUGCUAAGUGUAUUAAGUUCGAAGGCGAAGCUGUUGAAAAAUGAAGAUAUUAAAGCUCUUGGUAUUCAAGAAAUGAAAGACUUUGUUGCAACAAAAUUGCAGCAAGUGACACUUUUUAAACAGAACUUAGUUAACCAUGUGUUGGCUUGUGAGACAAUUAUUGCUGAAAUGAAUAACAAAUUCGAGAAUUUGACUCAAGCAGAAUGUGAAAUGUUGAAUAAUAGAAAUAAAAAAUCAAACUUCACAUUUGUUGAUGAGCAAUUUGGCACGGACAUUCAUAUGUAUAACAGUUUACGUCUUAUGUGCUUGUUGAGCUUGACACAAGGCCUAUCUUAUGACGAAUAUAAUUCCCUAGUUAGCAAAUAUUUACUUGCGUUUGGAUAUAAGUUUUUAUAUGUGUUCAAUAAUUUAGUAAGUGCUGGAUUGUUAGUACAGCCAUCUAGUCCAAAAUUAUCGUUAAAUAUUAGUAACUUAAGCAAUCUCAGUGAAAGAUUACCAAAAUGGCAGAAUGGCUUUCAGAAUAUAGCUAAUAAAUUGAAACAGUUGCCUCAAACCGAAGCUGGUACAUCCCCUGGAUAUGUUUUUAAUGGGAGCUAUGUACCAUUGGUAGCAACUCUCUGUAAUGCAUUGCUGAACUCUGAAUCUCUCUUGGAAGUGCUAAAUAAGCUAUCAGCUUUAAACGAUUUGAAAGUAGGUGGCGCUGUUGUGGAUAAGUUAAAAACUGGAAUGGAAACAUUGAAUGAAAAGCUAUGCAAUCUUUCUUUGCAAAAUAAUAUCGACUUGGGUAGCAAAGAUGCAAAGACAAUUGUAAAAUUAUUGAAGAGCGAUAGUAAGGUGAAUAGUGGGUUAUCUAUAAAGCCUAAGACAGUUUUAGUGUUCAUAAUUGGUGGGGUUACAUAUGCAGAAAUAGCUGCGUGUGAUGUUGUCCAAGCGGCGACGGGAAGUAAGAUUUUUAUUGCUGGCGAUUGUAUAGCAAGUGGUAGUGAUAUUAUGGUUGCAAAUAUCUGAAAAAUUACAUCAACUGGAUUAAUUUGCUUAAUUUAAAUAAAUGUAUUGAUUAAAAUUUGACUCACUAAUACAUUGUAAUUGUAAAUUUAACAAGUACCAUUGAACCUAACUACAUAGUGGUUAGGUUUUUACGAUUUUAGUUUACUUUGAUAAUAGAAAGUAUAAAUAAAGUACUCUGGAUAUAUUAGGGAGAAAGUACUGUUUGUAUUAAUACUCAUUAUAUAUUGUACUUGUCAUAAUACAGCCUGUUAAUAUUAUAAAUGCGAAAGUUUGUGAAGAUGGGUGUAUGUGUAUGUAUGUUUGUUACUCUUUCACGCAAAAACUGCUGAACCGUUUGCAAUGAAAU